AUGGGGUCUUGCGAGGAGUACUCCGCCAGGAAGGCGACGAGCGGCCGCCUGCACGAUGUCGUGUACAUACUGGCAGUUGCGGUGUACGCGGUGGUGACUGGAUGUCUCAUGAUGGGGGAUUUGCUUGCUCCGAGUUGGUUUCCAAUCGCCGGCUCCUGCGCAGUGCUGGCGAUGCACUUGAGUUCCUACGUCGUCGACAGGCCGAGGCCUCCUUGGCUCUCUUCGGUGUUCAUCUACGUGGACUGCGUGAUGGUCGCCUGCUGCAACAGAAGGGUCCAGUUCAUGGUUUACGAGGCUACGAGUGGCGCAAUCGGAGCCAAUCCGCGUCUUGACGUGGACGGCUGCUCUGCUCAACAUGCUGCCGCUUCAUCCAUCCAGACAACGUUCAUGAUGUACAUCAUGCUGUCCUACUUGACAACCUUCUUGCUGCCGUGGAGGUAUGCGACUGUCGUUGUGUUGGGAGUUGUUUCGACCUACUUGACUUCGGUGCUAAGCUCCUUAGCAUUCACACCAUCGCACGCUUUGCCACCUGAUACGGUGGUACGGCUACUGCUGGAGUGCGUGUUUUUCACAUUCGGUUGCGCAAUGACCCUGCUGAUCCACCGGGCCCUCGAGAGCUCGGAACAGCAGGUUUUCAAUCUCCAGACGAGGCAGAAGAGCGGCUUCACCGGUGAAGAUCCCUCAGAUCUGUCGCAGUAUGUGGAAGAGCGCCGCGUGAUCUCGCGCCAGCCACAGGAUCCCAGGUGGGAGCCGCCGCCGCCGCUCGCGGAGGACCUGGAGCACAGUGAGGCACACGGCGCCCCGGCCGCGCUCCAGGGGCCCGGCGAGGCGGCGGCGGGGGCGCCCGCGCGCGGCGCGGGCGAGUCCCCGGAGCCCUGCGGCGGCGUGGACUGCCUGCCCCGGGAGGCCGUCGUGUGGGUGAAGGGGGAGGCCGCCCCACGGGAGCUGCGGCAGCUGGCGAUGGGCCAGAAGGUGCUGUGCUACGACUCGCUGGGGGACUGCGUCGACUACGUGAGCGUGGAGCAGCUGAGCCAGGACUCUCGGUCCCUGGACUGGGUGGACGUGGUGCUCGUGGACGGGACGCGGCUGAAGAUGACGAAGGAUCACCCCGUGCAGCUCGCCGGGGGCAAGGGCGUCCAGGCGCAGUCGGUCGUGCCGGCCGCCUGCCUGCAGCCCGGGAGCCACAGCAUCAUGGUUCACGGAGAGGGCACGCGCGCCGUGCGGGUCCACAGCGUCUCGCGCGUGGCGUGCCCCGCCGAGAAGCCGCGGGGGAGGGCGGCCGUCUCGGUGAGGCAGUCCGCGCGCUACUCCAUCCUCGUCAAGGAGAACGCGCAGGACCAAAAGAUGAUGGCCGUGGGCUCGGCCGACCUCGCUGGGCCACUGGCGCUGAUGCGCGCUGGCCAGGACAAGACAUUCUUGCACGUCUCCGAGCCGCGCUCGCGCGAGGCCUCCGCCCACUCGUGGCCGCCGUGCAAGAGGCGGCAUGAACAAUAUGCGGGCCGCCCUGCCGUCAGUAUGCCAUCCGAGCCGAGCCGCGAACAGUGUCCUGACAGCCAGGAGGAGAAGCCCUCUUUGUCAUCGGAGCAGAUCUCAUCAUCCAGCUGCUCCCUUGCUGAUGGCGUGGUCGAGUCCGUCGUCCUGCCGAGCCCGCUGACCAAGCUCAGCGAUCAGAUGAGGGCAUCGUCGGCGGGCCUGCCGAGCCUCGGCAGCGUCGGGCACCUCGACGGGCGGUGCAGGCCGUGCAGUUACGACCGCCAGGGGCGCUGCACCUUCGGCAUCUGGUGCCAGAAGUGCCACCACCAGCACUUCAAAGUCCGCGGGCGCCUGGUGCCGCUGCGGCCCGGCCACGGGCGCAGCCUUCAGUCCUGCACGGGGCCGAGCUCCUCCGCCUCGCAGGCUCGCUCGAGCCAUCCGUCGAGCACGCGUGCUCCAUCGAGCACGGGAUCGAGCUCUGCUCAGCAGACUCCUCGAGCUCUCUUCGAUUCUCCAGGACCCGCAUCCCAAGCGGACGCCUAG